CUACCGCGCGCGUUCCCUUCAGGUGCGAGGGGACGAGCUAAGGCGGGGAGACUGUACACGUGCGGGCCAAUCAGCUAGGAGGUAGGCGGUCACGUGAGUUUGGUACUGGGAUCGCGCCCCGAGAUCGGUGUGUGAGAGGAUAAAGGAGGAGGCGGCGGUGAGAAGCAUCUCCGGAACACCGUGGCCAAUGGACAAAUCUACGUACCUCUAACUCAGAGCAGAUCCAUCAGAUAACUCCUUUAGCUAGGACAUUGGAUACAGUCCAAAAAAAAAAGAAAAAAAGAAAAGAAAGAAGCAAAUCACUGCUUAUGUUGUCCGGAGACUUAUGAGGAAUCUGUAUUUGCACGGAAGCUAGCCCGGGGAAGUCUGUAGAAAAGACGGAAGCAGAGACACAGCACUGACUAACGUAUUUCAGCAUGAGAUCCAUACGGUCUUUUGCGAACGAUGAUCGUCACGUCAUGGCAAAACACUCCAUCAUAUACCCGUCUCCAGAGGAGCUAGAAGCAGUACAGAACAUGGUGUCAACUGUAGAAUCUGCUCUGAAGCAGGUCUCGGAUUGGAUAGAUGAGCAGAAGUGUACAAAAAUUGAGAAUGGAUCUCCGAUCAAGAACGAAAGCACUGAGGAUAGUUCAACCAAGGAUGAAAGUGGCAAAGUGCUAUGUGGAGUCAUGAGAAUUGGCCUGGUUGCCAAAGGGUUGCUAAUAAAAGAUGAUAUGGAUUUAGAGCUGGUUCUCUUGUGUAAGGAAAAGCCAUCAACAAGGCUGUUAACCACAGUUGCAGAAAACCUCCCCCUACAAAUUCAGAAAAUCACAGAAGAAACCUUCCAAGUGGAACAAUGUGUGGAGGAGUCAUCUCUUCUUAUUCAAAGUUCCAAGGAACCUAAAUUGACCCUAAAAGUCAUCCUUUCUUCCCCUCUGUUCCGAGAAGAGGAGGAAAGGCCUGGUGGAGCAGCCAUGAGGUUGGUAGAAAAUGUUGCGAUGAAAGAUCCUCCGGACUUAUUGGACAGGCAGAAAUGCCUGAACGCCUUGGCGUCUCUGCGACAUGCCAAAUGGUUUCAGGCAAGAGCCAAUGGAUUAAAAUCUUGUGUAAUUGUACUACGCAUUCUGCGAGAUCUGUGUAACAGAGUCCCUACCUGGGCACAGCUGAAAGGAUGGCCUCUGGAACUUAUAUGCGAGAAGGCAAUCGGGACUUGCAAUAGGCCGCUUGGAGCAGGUGAAGCCCUACGACGGGUCAUGGAAUGCCUAGCUUUUGGAACUCUCCUCCCUGGAGGGUCGGGACUGCAUGACCCCUGUGAGAAAGAGCCUACAGAUGCCCUUGCUUAUAUGACAGUAAAAGAAAGAGAGGAGAUCACGCAUAGUGCACAGCAUGCUCUCCGUUUACUGGCCUUUGGACAGAUAUACAAAGUCUUACAAAUGGACCCUCUACCUUCUAAUAAACCUUUCCAAAAAUAUUCCUGGUCAAAUUCAGACAGAGAAGGUUCUUGUCUAAAAAGGCCGUUUGAUGAUGGAUCAUCUGACGAAAAGGAUCCAAAUAAGAAAUUGAAACGAAACUUGAGCAAAAUUUUAGACAGCAAACCCAUAGACCCUAACCAGCCUAUGAAUGCACUAAUGCGACUUAACCAGAUUCGACCUGGUCUGCAGUACAAGCUCUUGUCACAGUCUGGUCCAGUUCAUGCACCAGUCUUCACCAUGUCUGUGGAUGUAGAUGGCACAACACAUGAAGCUUCUGGGCCAUCUAAGAAGACGGCCAAACUUUACGUCGCAGUGAAGGUUUUGCAAGCCAUGGGUUACCCUACUGGUUUCGACACAGAUCUGGAAUGCUUAAGUUCAGAUGAAAAGUCAGACAGUGAAGGCAAGAACGAGACGUCUUUUUCCAGCUCCAGCAAUAUUACAGGAAACUCCAACGCAGACAACAACACCUUGGAGGUACGGACUCAGGGUCCCAUACUUACAGCAAGUGGCAAAAACCCAGUGAUGGAGCUCAAUGAGAAACGACGAGGUCUGAAAUAUGAAUUGAUAUCAGAAAGCGGAGGGAGUCACGACAAGCGAUUUAUUAUGGAGGUUGAGGUAGAUGCACAAAAAUUCAAGGGAGCUGGGCCAAACAAGAAGGUAGCCAAAGCUAGUGCUGCACUUGCUGCUCUUGAGAAGCUCUUCUCUGGACCUAAUGCAGUAAACAAUAAGAAGAAGAAAAUUAUUCCUCAGACUAAAGGAGUUGUAAGCACGGCAGUAUCAGCAGCUGUACAAGCAGCCCGAGGAAGAGGACGAGUAGCGAUGGCACGAGGUGCUUUUGUUGGAGCUACUGCUGCUGCCGCUCCCGGGUAUAUAGCACCAGGUAUGAGACGGGAAGAAAUGCAUCCUGAAAUAUUUAAUGGAUACGCAGCCCCAUACGCUUAUAGUGCUGCCACUCCAGCAUAUGGUAUCCCCAAGAGAAUGGUUCUGUUACCAGUUAUGAAAUUCCCAGCAUAUCCAGUUCCGCACUACUCCUUUUUUUAAUAAACACAUUCGACCAGAAUGUCGGAGGAAGGACGUCUCUUCUUCAACUGAGCAAAAACCCCCUUUGUAAAAGAACUUUUACUUCUUACUUUUUUUUUAUUUUAACAGGUAUCCACAUUUAGUUCUAUAAAACUUGAAGACUCACAUGUACUGUGAAAUGUUACCUCAUUUAAAGAGAACUCUUUCCCAGACAGAAGGCUAAACAGUGUAUAGAUUUUUUUUUUUUUUGGUUGUUUUUUUAAGCAUCGGAAUUCAAGCCGGGAUUCUGUUCUAGAGAAAGAAUAGGAGCUAAAAGGAUAAAUUUUAAAUGAUGUAUGAGACUGUAAAAUAAUUUGUGAAGGAUGUAUAAUAUUAAACUGAUAAAAUAAAAUGUUUUGUCCUAGAA